AAAACUAAUGAUUUCUUUAUAGGCUACUUGGUACAUUUAAAAAUGAAUCCAAUGCAGGACUGUUCAAUUUUCAGGUUUAAGCAACUUAUUUUUCUUUAUUAGUUUAAACAAAUUUGAAGCAGUAAAGUACUUUUCCGGAGAAGUCUAGCAGAGAGACAAAUAAGAAAUUGAGUCGCAAGUUGGGUCAACAGGAACUCCGAUGGUACAUUGUUCGUGUAAACAUCUUUGAAAAACAUUUGAUACAAGAAUGCGACACAGGUAUAAUCAAAUUGUCGCGCGGAAGUAGUUAUCUUUCCAAUAUGAUGACGUAUGCCCCCACUAAUGCAAUAACAGCAGUUUUUGACAGACGAAUUCGUUUCCACUUUCACUAGUUCUUGUUGAGUAGCGGCGUGACUGAAAUGCAUUUAUUUGCCUGACAUUCCACAAGAAGUAAGUCGAUAUCCUGUAUUUAUAUCCCUAUGGGAAAAGCUCAAGGCUGUUUAUAAUGAGUUUAGCUGUCCUCUGCGACAUGGAAGAUAUAGACAAAAUUUACCAGAACAUACGUGUAUUCACACUUCAUAAAAAAAACACUUUGCGAACAAAUAGAAUAUUAGCAAAUGUCAGAAUAGGAAUUCAAUCAAACUCGCAUUGCCACAAUAAUUGUCCAAAAUCGAAGACAUUUAUGAAAUUGUGGGCUUCUGCCGUUCCGCCUAUAAACUCGCUCGUUUCGGUCUAUGAAAAAGCCGCAACAUAUUAGGCCCACGGUUGGAAUAAAUGCGCGACCAAAUGAUUCCAAGUCCAUUAGCUGAAUGUUUGCGCUCAAUUUUUGUUCGCAAUCGUGUUUUUGGCAACCGCUAUUGUAUUGGAUGUUUGCGCAGUUCUGUUGAGCGUUGCAACGUUUGUCACGAGUGCAUGAGUAAGCUUGAAUACGAUCUGAUCUGAAAUACCAAUUCAAUCUAAAAUUAGAGAGUAAUAUAGGCAACAUUGUUGCAACUCGCAAAUUUAUUUCUGCUUUGUUCCAAAAGGUUGAACGGAAGAUCAGUUCUGAGAUUAGCGCAGUCAGGAAUAGAAAAGGGUCUAUUGUUUUUUUGGCAUAUAAGCGCGCAUUUUCAGCUACCUCGUUUGGUUCAUUUGGUAAAAGGAUUAUUGAUAGCAAGCCUGGAAACGUUUGGUUUUCAGUGAAUCAUUCAAGCACAGAGUAAAAUGGUGUUGGACAAGGCAUAUGAAUGUAUGUAUAUGUCCUACAGCAAAUGUCGCAAAAUUGCAUUUUAAAAAAAAAUAUUGAAAAUUUUUGUGGAUAGAGGGGGCUGGAUACACCUAUGUGGGUGUUAUCAUGUUGACCUAAAUUUUUGGGUGGCAUAUACGUUAGGACGGAUAUUGUUCAGCUUGUUAAUCUCUUCCUGGACCAAUCAAUUGAACAGGCUUUAACAAAAAGAUUAUUUUAAGAACAUAAUGCAAAAACCAAAUAUUUUUCAUAACUGGGACAGGAAAGUAUUGGUUGGGUUGGGACAGAUGUGGGUUAAGUUAAAGUGGUACACGAAAGAAGUUAGUUAUCAUAAAUAAUAAUAAAAAAAUGGUACAUUUCAAAAGUUCAAUGUCUAGGUGUGUCUACUUGGCUGCUUUAAUUUAAAAGUUUGCUUGCAACAUAUGUUUGUAUAAAAAUACUCCUUUCAAGUUCGGUCUAUUGACUUCGUUUAUAUAUUUACUUCUUUUCCCGACUCUUAUUUUUACUUGUAGUAAUAAUGUGAUUCACGAUGAGGUUAUUGUACUCUGCUUUUUUAUUUCUUUCACUGGAAUAUGCAAUUGGAGAACUCUCCCGCGACAAAAUACAUCUGUACAAAAUAAAAGAUGUGGAUUUUCUAAACACGAAAGUGGAGCGUGUAUGUCUGUUAGCUGAAUUUGAUGCUAUUAUUGUUUUAACACAUAAAUUCUCGAAUGGAUCAAACCAGGAGUACAGUCUUGUUCUUCCACAAGAUGCUACGACGGUGGGAAGUUUUUGCAACAACAAAUACAUUUCUCGACUUCAACUUAAUUUUCAUGGAAAUUCGCUGAUAUUUGAGUUUGCUCGCAACAAGAUUGAUAUAGAAAUACACGAGGCAACUUAUUGCAAUGACUGCAACUAUGGUAAUUGGUAUUUGAAUCAAAUAAUCGGAAACUUCAGUUUCAUGGGAGAUAUAAUCCACGGAACGUCAAAUGUAGAUCAACUGAGGAAAGGUUAUCCUGGCCUAACAAACGGAAUAGGAAUCAAGAGAGCUUUCAAGUGCAAUAAAGACGAUAAUCUUAUUACUCUACCCAUACAUAUAGACCAAGUAACUCAUGCUUCAAAUGGAGAAGUCGGCUAUACCGAUGAAUGGCAAGCGGAAAUACGAUUCUUUUUAAUUCAUGUUCAGCCUUUUUUGGUGUAUAAAGAACAUUUUUCGGAUCCAUAUCUUUGCAGGGACGUUACUGCUAGUCAUGUACUGGUUAUUCUAUUGCCUUUGAUAUACUUUGCAAUAUUUAUUCUAUUCUAUCGAGUGAAACAAGCGUAUGGAUGCCCUCCUAAACGAAUGCCUUGGUCGUGGAAAGGAAAAAUGAAAACGGGAUCUCCGUCAGAUACAAAAUUUGAAAUCGAAGAAAGCGCAAACAUUAUUUCCGGUGAAUUCACUUCUAUCCAGGCUCCUUGUUACAGCGACAGCGAGUAAUGUUUUUUAUCCUCUCAAUUUGAAUUCCGGAAAUAAAUAAAAUAUCGAAAUCCAUGAAAAGCAUAAAUAUAAACAUUUAGUUUGUACGAAAUUCCAGUAUUUUUCCUUUCCUUUUCUACAUAUUGUUUCCUAUUCUACAUUCACUCAAUUUUUAAUAUUUACGCCUUUUAUGAACAUUCAAAAUUAUUAUUUGCCUGCAUCGAACAAAUUUAGUCUAAUUCUCUCGCAUAUUGUUGAAUGAAUUUUGUUUGCUUAAUAUUAAAAAUUCUCAAUAAAAUACUAAUUUACUCUGAAAAACAAUAGCAAGCACUUUUAAAUUCACCAGAUCUAUUUUAUAUCAGAUAAUUCUGCAGUAUUAAAAUCAAUUUAUUCUUUUUUCUUUAUUUGUUCAAAAUAAACGUUUUUUUUUCAUUUUCAGAGGGUAUUUG